AAUGUCUCUCCAAUGUCUGAUGUCUCUCCUUAUCGAGAAUCCAAGUUUUAAAACUCCCUUUCACUCUUUCAGUUGCAGAUGGUUGCUGCGGUGAUGGCAAUUCCAAAAAAUGCUGCAUCUUUUUUCGUCUUCCAUCCCCCAAAGAAAUUCAAAGGUCGGUUUCAUUCCAUUUCUUCCUCCAAUCGUCAAACAUUAGUUAAACAUUCUCGAUCUAUGAGUGAGAAGAUUACUAACCUUGAUGAUGCCCUCAAACUGUUCGAUGAAAUGACACAGAAACAACCCCUCCCUUCAGUCAUUAAAUUCAACCAGUUGUUGCAAGCUGUUGCGAAAAUGAAACACUAUUCUUGUUCGGUUGAGCUUUUUAAACACUUGAAUAUCCUUCGUGCUCCUAUUGAUGUGUACACAGUUAACACUGUGAUCAAGUGUUGUUGCCAACUGUUUGGCACCAGUGAAGGAUUUGCAGUAUUAGGCUAUGGCUUCAAAUGUGCUGUUGUACCUGAUGCGUGCACGUUUAAUACACUCUUGAAUGGACUCGUGUUGGAAGAUAGGAUUCUCGAGGCAGAAAGCUUAUUCAAGAAGCUCAUCAAAGAGGAACUCUGUGAACCUGAUGCAAUUAUGUACACCAUUAUGAUUAAAGGGCUUUGCAAAUUUGGCAAUAAUGAUACUGCCAUUGCAUUGCUUAAGCUAAUGGAGGGAAGAGGUUGUAAACCAGAUGUGGUCACAUAUAGCAUCAUCAUUGAUAGUCUUUUCAAGGACAAAAUGGUAGAUGAUGCUUUAAACCUCUUCAAAGAAAUGGUCUUCAACAAAGGCAUCCAACCUGAUGUGGUCACUUACAACUCUUUGAUUCAUGGCCUUUGUAACUUAUCUCGUUGGGAUGAGGCCUCUAAAUUGCUCAAUGAGAUGGAGGACGAAAGGAUCUCCCUAGAUGUUCAUACCUAUAGCAUAUUAGUUGAUGCACUUUGCAAGGAAGGUAAGGCGGAGGAUGCAAAUUGUAUUAUCAACUUAAUGAUACAGAGAGGGAAGGAUCCGGAUGUAGUGACUUACAGUUCGCUUAUUGAUGGGUAUUGUUUGCGAGGUGAAAUGAGGAAAGCAAAAGAAGUUUUUGAUUCGAUGGGGUCUCGAGGUCUGGUGCCUAAUGUUGUUACUUAUAGUAGUUUAUUGAAUGGUUAUUGUAAGAAGUUGAUGAUAGAAGAGGCCAUGCAUUUGUUUCAUGAAAUAACUAAAAAAGGUAUGAGACCUAAUGUCAUCACUUACAACACCAUGCUACAAGGAUUGUUUCUAGUUGGACGAUGUAAAGAUGGACAUGAAGUUUUUAAUGAUAUGCGAGCGCACAAUGUGAUUCCAAAUGAAAUCACUUACACAAUAGUUUUGGAGGGUCUGUGCAACAACAAUCAAGUGGAGGAAGCACUCUCAUUGUUUCAUCUGAUGGGUGACAACAAGUUAAAUUCAAAUAUCUUUGUGUACACAAUACUCAUUGAUGGUGCAAGUAAAAAUGGGAAGUUUGAUAUUGCAAGGAAACUUUUCAAUGACUUAAGGGUUAAAGGUUUGCAACCUAAUGUUUGGACAUACAAUGUGAUGAUUAGUGGGUUUUGUCGGGAAGGUUUAGUGAGUGAAGCAAAAGAGUUGCUUCUUAAGAUGGAGGAAAUGGGUUGCCAGCCAAAUAGUGUGACUUACAAUGUUCUUCUCCAAGGAAUUUUAAAGUAUGUUCAUCAUGAUAUGGUAGAGAUGCUUUUACUGGAAAUGGAAGGAAAAGGUUUCUCACUUGAUGCUUCAACUGUAUCAAUGUUACUUGAUCAUAUAAAAGCUAGAUCUUUAGAUGCUUCUUUGCUUAAGUUGAUUGGUAAGCUUGUGCCAAAGGAAGAAGUGGACACUCCUUGUUUUGUAGUGUAAAUGACAAGUUUUUAGCUUUGAUUUUGGUAUAAGUUUAGUCAGGAAACAAAUUGGCAUUUGGUCUUUGUAAUAAUUCUUCCAUUGUAUUUGUAAUGAUAAUUUAACAUGUUCGUCUGUUGGGUCCUAUCCAAAUGGUGCAAGAAACAAUCAA